CCAUCGUAGCGAUAAGGUCAAGGAGACUUAGCUUCCAGUGUUUUUGUGGCUCGAAUUGUGGAACAUCUUAGCAAAUGAAGAUUUUGAAAUGUGGAUGUAGUUCAUACAAUUGCUAAAGUAAUAGCCUGCACGAUGGCAAGAGCAGCCGUAGUCCGAUCCCCGACAAUAGACCGACUUCAUUCUUCGCAUCACAAGAGUCCCAUUUCUAAGUCGCGAGGUCUAAAAGAAAACGCAUUGUGGGAGAAAUCUGGCAGCAUAUCAGGAAUCCUCAGAGACCACGUCUUGUCACGAAAGCCGAAAAAUUUGGCCCGAAUUUCAGGGAAACCGAUAAACUUUACCCACUCGUCAUGGAAGUCGAUUAAUAACUCUCGCACGCCAUGGGAGCCGAUAAAUUCUACCCACACGCCAAGGGAGCCCCACACUUCAGAGAAACCGAGAAGCAACACCCUCACGCCGUGGGAGCCGAGCAACUUCACAUCCACGACAGGGAAGACGGAAAGUUCCACCCGCAUAUCAGGGAAGCCAAGAGGCGUCCCUGAUUUAUAUCCCCUUAAAACUCCAACGAAGGAAAGUGACCAACAGAAGGAAGACGGUGGUAGCAUUCAGGAAAUUAGGCAUCCAUCUAAGAGAAGAAAUAGUCUUGGCUAUGUUGGAACGCACCAAGAAAGCAUACACCAAGAAAAGAAUGCAGAGCAAACUAUGAAAGCAAAAGUUAGACUUGUCAUUAAGUUUGAAAAGGAAAAUCGUAACAAAAAGUGUACAAAUGAGUCUAUAGGAACACCAACUUCAGAUAUAGCAAAAGGUCUAGGAAAUAAAGGGAAGUUGUCUCUGAACAAGAGUUCCAUGUAUCAGAAAUGCUAUACAUGUGGGAAUAUGGUGACAGAUGUAGACUUCGAAGAACAUUUAUUUUUUGGGGAGACUGAGUGCACUCAGUGCAAUUGGAAGAUAUCCAGCUGUGAAGCCUUCCGAGAAAAUAAGAUAGAUCUAAUAAUGGGUAACGCAACAUGUCUGCAUACUUUGACAUAUUGUAUGACACCUUCAGAGUAUAUUUCAAACAAAAUAUCACAAGAAUUACCUGUUGAAUUGGACAGUAGUAACUUAACUUCAUAUGUAUGCUCUCUAAAUCGGUUGAAAGGAUAUGAUCCAUGGAAAAAAGCAAUUGAUCAGUGUCUAAAUGUUUUUGAAGGAAAGACCUCUCAACCAAGUGAAGCAAAUGAAGAACACCUAAAUGUUUCAGAAUCAGAAACUGCCUUUCGUGUUCCAGAAGAGAGUGUUCCAACAAGCAAACGUGAAAUUAAGAUCUCGCCCUCGCUUGAAAAUGAAAAUGGUGACCCAAUCCUUUCUCAGUCAUAUAAUCUUGAAUAUUUAAAUGAUGCAGUUGAAUUUGAAAUAGCCAAGGAUUAUCAAGAGGUUAGGGUGGAAAGAUCACCUCUCUUGUUUACUGAAUCCAGUACUGACAGCCUACCACAUUAUCAAACCAAUGUUGAUACUUGCAGUGGCAAUUUAGUUAGAGACGUGGCUUCCCAAAGCACAAGUUUGUCAGACAUGGCUGAAAUAGUUGGCGGUUUGAAUGGGGCUGAAAAAAGGAUCAUAGAGACCCCAUCAAAUGGGCAUUACCUCAUUGUCCGCCAUGCAAUUGAGGAGUGUCCCAUGUGUUAUACUGAAUUUUGUCCUUCAAGAUUUACUGUGAAUAUAAACACUUUCCUCCUCUCUACAGUGUGUAUUGGUUGUGAAUUGACUGUUUACAUAAUUUUUGAUCCUCCUGACGGUUCUGCCCCGAAGAUUUUCAUAGAGACAGAAAGUGCCCCUCCUGAGAAACAAAAGAAGAGGAAGCCACGGAUUAAAGACUUCUUUAAAAGAUAACCCCAUUCCAUCUAGUCAUACUAAUUUCUUGAUCUAAUGUUAUUCGUCAUCUGUACAUAUAUUUUUCUAAGUUUUUAUUAAAAAUGGAAAACA